GCCACGUAUACUAGGAAUAUGCAUGAUCAAUCUAGGCAUGUAGAUGAGGUAUUGUCAUUCAGGUACAUAUUAAUUUAUUCAUUAUGCACAACAAUCAGUCAUAUAGAUCAGAACUAAGUAUAGUUCCAAUUCUCGUUCCUAAUGGAACUGAGAGCAGUUCUGUCCGCCAUUCCACCUACAUGGUUAGUCAUCAACAAAACAACAUAUUCAACAGGUUUCGAAUUGUGGAAGGUGACCGAGUCCCAUAGAGCCGCUCAAGUGUCUUCCAGACAUCAGCAGAAGUGCGUGCAGAGCCAAUUAAUGGUUUGCAAGCAGAGCUAGGGAGGAGACUAGGGCGUGGCGAAGGAGUCUGUCCUGUCGGUUCCAUCUGAGACGGCCGAUUGCAUCACUUUCUGGCGGCAGUGCAGUCUCCUCCUCUAUAUACUGGCUCAGGUCUGACCCAAACAGAAGGUCAAGAACCUGAUAAUGCCAAACCAGGUAAUUAGAACCGUCUAAUUUUUCUUGGAAUUGACUGGGUUAAACAUUAUGAGUCCAUCAGGGUCAAAGGGUAGUUGGAAGAGGUAGCCAAGAUUUUAGCAAGUGGAUUUUUGAGGUCUCCUUAUUCCUGGAGAUUCUCUGUUUGUCUGGCUGUAUUUUCUUCGUUAGCCAUGAGUAGAGGGGCUGGUGAGACCUCUUAUGUCUCUGAUACCAUAAUAGAGUUUAGAGGAAGAUUGAAUUGCAGACUGAAUUGCUUACUUUAUUCUCAGGAGAAUUCCAACCGACAGGUUGGAUGGGAUGGACAGCAGCUUGGAACUUUCAGAUUCUACCUAAAGUAAAAUAGUUUUUUUGGCAAUUUUCUGUUGGUAUUCUGCCAACGGCUGACUUGAUGGAGAGUAGGUUUGUUCCAGUGUCGGGAGAAUGUCCUUUCUGCAAACGGGAGGAAGAGUCAAGACUCCAUUUGUUCUUGUUGUGCUCAGCUGUCUAUAGAAUUUGGGAGACUGCAGGGCUGGCCAGUUUGAUUUCAGGGGAUGUGAUGCUGCUUGCCUCGAGAAAGUCUUCUCAUCAUUAGCCAAGGAAGAUAUUAGCCAAGGAAGAUGUCUGCAGAUUCAUAAUGAUCCUUUUGAGUGUGUGGAAGCACCGAAAUGAAAUUGUGUGGAGAGGUGGGGGCUUCUCUCCUCAGGAGCUGUGUUGAUGGUGGCUGCUGCAACGUUGGUGAGCUGGAGAUCUGCCCAGGAGGUGGGCAGCAGGUCGGGUGCCAUCAACGAUAGCCAUACACUAAUUACAUGGCAGAAACCGGAACAAGGUUGGGUCAAAAUAAACGUGGAUGCGGCAAAUCAUAACACAACAGGAAGAUGGGCUUGGGGAUGGAUUGCUCGGGACAGAGAGGGUGCUUUUCUUAGAGCAUGCAGCCGUGUGGUCAAGGAUAGUUGGUCAACGGAGGCAGAAGCUAUUGGAGUACGAGAAGUGAUCAUUUGGGCUAGAGAAGCUGGCUGGAGCAAAACAGUGAUUGAAACAGACGCUGCUCUGGUUCUAUCAGGCAUAAAUGGGGAGAUUAGUGCUUCUUAUGUGGGAAUCAUUUUUGAGGAUAUAAAAUAUUUAGUGAUUAAGGAUAAUAAUGUAAGAAUCCAGCGAAUCAGAGGCUCGUGCAUUAGCUAGAGCGGCUGUUUCCAUGUCUGGUAGCGAAAAAAAUUAUUUUACUCCUCCAAGUUUUAUUGUAA